AUGACAUUCUUCUGUGCUAAUUGUGGUAAUUUAUUGGUUGUUGAACGAGGAACUGAAUUAUAUUUUAAAUGCAGUACUUGUCCUUAUAAAUUUACAUUUAAUAAAAAAAUUGUAUAUGAGUCAGAACUAAAAAGAAAACAAAUUGAUGCUGUGUUAGGUGAAGAACAAUGGAAAAAUGCUCAAAAAACUGAAAUUAUUUGUGAAAAGUGUGGAUAUAACUCUGCUUAUUUCAUGCAAAUUCAAAUCCGAUCAGCUGAUGAACCAAUGACAACCUUUUAUAAAUGUGCUAAUUUUGAUUGUGGAUAUCAGUGGAGAGAUGGAUAA